GCUCCCACAUCCAUCCGGAGCUCGGAGUUUGGCGAGGGUUGAGAUCUAAUCCCGAUUUCCAAACCCUCUAUCCGGUGCGAAUUUUCUAGAGAUCCGAUCAGCUUUUCGUCUCAAAGAAAUCAGACAGAAUGUCGUCGACGUUCAGUGGAGAUGAAACCGCUCCUUUCUUCGGCUUUCUCGGCGCCGCUGCUGCCCUUGUCUUCUCCUGUAUGGGAGCUGCAUAUGGGACGGCGAAGAGCGGAGUUGGGGUGGCGUCGAUGGGCGUGAUGAGGCCAGAGCUGGUGAUGAAGUCGAUUGUUCCGGUGGUUAUGGCUGGUGUUUUGGGUAUUUAUGGCCUGAUUAUUGCUGUUAUCAUCAGUACCGGGAUUAACCCUAAAGCCAAGUCGUAUUACCUGUUUGAUGGUUACGCGCAUCUUUCCUCUGGCCUCGCCUGUGGCCUCGCUGGGCUUUCUGCUGGAAUGGCAAUUGGGAUCGUUGGCGAUGCCGGUGUUAGAGCUAAUGCACAACAGCCAAAACUAUUUGUGGGAAUGAUCCUGAUUCUCAUCUUUGCUGAAGCCCUGGCCCUGUACGGGCUCAUUGUUGGUAUCAUAUUAUCUUCUCGAGCUGGGCAAUCCAGAGCAGACUGAGCUGGGAGUUCUUUUUUAUGCCUAAUGUUUGAAAGAGUACACGUGCAUAGAAUAGAAGUUUCAAACCUUCUCAAGUUAGAAGAUAUAAUUCCUGAUUUCCAUAAGGAAGUACCUUAGUACAUUCAUUUUGUGGGUGCUCAGUGCUGUGUUUUAGUGUAGUAGGAGUAGGCUUGAGAGUUGAAUAAGAGCUGGUGAAGCAAGCUCCUGUGGUUUAUAUUUAUUCUAAAUUUAUAUGCAUAUAUAUUGAUGUACUCUGCCAUUACAGUGUCAUAACUGUGUAGGGGUUAUUGUUUACCAACCCUUUGCGUU